AGUUGUGUUUUUUAAGAAUAUUUUUGAUUGUUGAGGGUGGUGUUUCUUAAUUAGAAUUUUAAAAGAAUCUUUAUAGGACUAAUCGGAAGUAGCUCUAGCUUUUUUAUUGACCAAUUUACCCAUUUCUGGUCAUAAUACCUAUAAAUAUCAAUUGAUUUGAUAAGGGUCAUAGAGUCGAGUAUAAAAGGCCAGAUCGCAGUGUUCUAAAAGCAGUAUUGGCGAAAUGUUUCCACAGUUGGUUGUACUUCUCGGCCUGAUUUCCCUUUCAGCAGCAUAUUCUGUAACACCAUUUAUUGCUGAUGGAAUCCCGGAAGGUCGAAACAUUAGCACAGACCCAUUUGUAAAGAUUGGUAAUGGCUACUACCACAUCGAAAGUGCCCAGCCAGACAACUGGUUCGGGGCUUACGAGUCCUGCCACAAAAUCAACGCCGAGUUGGUCGCUUUCGAAACCAAGGAGGAGCUGGAUGCUGUGGCUGAGUAUAUUUCCGAUCCGUAUCUCCGAGGAUACUGGACUUCUGGCAAUGACCACGCUACAAAGGGGCAGCAUAUGUGGUUUUCCAAUGGCCAGCCCAUAUUAUCGGAUCUGUGGUAUACCAAUGAGCCAAACGACUUCGAAGGAGAUGAGCGGUGCGUCAUUCUUUUGUAUGAAGAACCUUGGAGCCCCCCAAAAUUUUUCUGGAUUGCACGACGUUGGAUGUAUGACGAGAAAAUCACGCUAUAUUUGUGAAGCUCGACAGCCAAAAACUGCCUCUUUUAUUGUUAUUUAAAAAUUGUUUAAAAACAUUAAAAA